AUUUAUUCCUCGAGUGAAUUACGAUAUUGGUACAUGCCUAUUUGGUACUGGAAAACAAAGUGGGGAAGAACUUCGAGCACAUGCCCUGCAACAGCCAAUUCAUUCGGAGUGCACUCUCAUGGCUCGCUUAAUCCGAGCCUUUCAGAGACCUUAUUCCCUUUCUUCUUCUUCUUCUUCUGCCAAAGCCCUAUUUAAUGCUCUGCAACAACGACAGCCGCAGCCGCAGCAGCAGCAGAGGCCAUUCCUCCGAUCACAGGGAACCAAUUCCCCAUUCCUCCUCCUGACAAGGACAACCCACACUUCUGAAAUCCCCAAAUCGCCCUUUGAGUCGAACAUCCUCCGUAUCCUUCGCACCGAGAUCCGGUACCAGUCUGAAUACGCCCCUCCAAGUCAGCCUGUGACAAAAUUCAAUUCUUUUACUGUACAAGACUGGCCAGGGGAACGGUGGAUUAGGUUGACACGCAAGUUUGGGGAGAAUGAGGAUGUUAAAAUUGAGGUUACAAUGUUUGAUGGGUGUGUUUUGGUUCCAAAAUCUGGAGAAGAUAGUGAUGGGGAUGACAUGCAUCUUCACUUAAGCUUGCUUGUUGAUAUUUGCAAGAGUGAUGAUUCUGAUGUAUUAGAGUUCGUGUGUUCGGCAUGGCCAGAUUUUUUGGAGAUUCAGAAAGUUUAUGUGCUUGGGCGAGAUCGAUUGCUACCUGCCCCUUACUUGGGACGUGAUUUUAAGAAUUUGGAUGAGAAACUUCGAAGCAGACUUCACGAAUUCUUGCAGGAAAGGGGGGUAAAUGAUGAGCUUUCCGUGUUCUUGCAUGAUUAUAUGAUGAACAAAGAUAGAAUCGAGCUUAUACACUGGUUGGGAAGUGUCAAGUCUUUUGUGGAGAAAUAGUGCAUUGGGUUUUCCAUUGGCUGCUAUGAGAUCGUUUUUACAUUUAAUUUUGGCAAAGAUUAUAAAGAAUUUCUGCAUUGAAUUCUCAUAUUAUGCUCUCCUUUUGUGUAAAUAUCAUGUACUUGUCAGCUGUAACAGACAGUUAUGUGGUAACAAAUGUGGAAUCAAAAUUAACCGCAACAAUUAUAGGGUUUCUGCUUAUUUUUGCA